CGAAGAGUUGCAUGCUGGGAAAACACGUGUAGCCGAAGACCAGAGAAGUGUUGGUGACACUUCAAGUUUGCCAUCAUGUCGUCCAACAAGAGCCAGGACUGCGAUGAGCGUUUCCUGCGGGUGCGGAAGGAUCCCAGAUUCUGGGAGAUGCCAGAGAGAGAACGCAAAAUCAAGAUUGACAAGCGUUUCCAGUCCAUGUUUCAUGACAAGCGCUUCAAGGAGAAGUACACAGUGGACAAGCGAGGCCGUCCCAUUAACCAGACCUCCACAGAGGACCUGAAGCGCUUCUACAAAGUCUCUGACUCCGAGGACGAAGACGAUGAGGAAGAUGUAAAGAGCAAGAAGGUGGCAGAGGGCAAGAAAAAGAAAAAAGUGAAGGAGAAGCUGGUGAAGGCUGACAGAGAGGUGAAGAAAGGAAAAGCAGUGCAGAGCAGAGAUGGUAAAGCUAAAGCAGAGCGGCCUGAACAAGGUGUCAGAGUUGUUGAAGAAGAUGAGGAAGAUGAAGAGGAGCAGCAAAGUGCAGAGGAGGAUGAUACUGACUUGGGAGACAGCGUUACAGCUGACAGUGAGGAGGAUGAAGAUGAAGAAGAAGAGGAUGAUGAUGAAGAUGAUGAUGCAGAGGAGGAGACUGAUGUGGCGAGUGGAUCAGAUGAGGAGGAGUCCGGUCUGGAUUCGGAAGAGGACAGUGACAGUGGGCCGGAUCUGGCCAGAGGGAAGGGAAACAUAGAGACAAGCUCAGAUGAAGACGACGAGGACGACGAGGUGGACGCCAUCCUGAGGAAAGAAGAAGAGGAGAUCGAACAUGACUGGGGAGAUCUGUGCAAAGACGCUCCACGCAGUGAGGAGGUUUCUGCCCGACUGGCUGUCUGCAACAUGGACUGGGACCGGAUGAAAGCCAAAGACCUGCUGGCUCUGUUGAACUCCUUCACACCCAAAGGGGGGGCUGUGCUGUCUGUUAAGAUCUACCCAUCAGAGUUUGGGAAGGAGAGGUUGAAUGUGGAGAAGACUCAGGGACCGCUGGAGCUGAGAGCUCUGCCUGAUGACUCAGAGGACGACACUGAAGAGGAGAGGGUUUACAGAGAGAAGAUGCGUGACUACCAGUUCAAGCGGCUGAAGUAUUUCUACGCUGUAGUGGAGUGUGACUCAGUUGACACAGCUGCUAAAAUCUAUGGGGAGUGUGACGGCUACGAGUAUGAGAGCAGCUGCUCCGUCCUGGACCUCCGGUUUAUUCCUGACGAUGUCAAGUUUGACGAGGAGCCCAAAGACGUGGCGACGGAUGUGAAUCUCUCGGCCUACACACCCAAACUGUUUACCUCCACUGCCACAACAACAUCAAAGGUGCAGCUGACGUGGGAUGAGACAGACCACGACCGCGUGACCGCCCUGAACAGGAAAUUCAACAAGGAGGAGCUGCUGGACAUGGACUUCAACGCAUACCUGGCCUCCUCCAGCGAGGAAGAGGAAGAGGAGGGCGAAGGAGGGAUUGAUUUUGGAGAGGAGGAGAAUGGACACGAGGACAAUGCAGCAGGAGGUGAGACAGUCCUGAGGAGGUGUGAUGUCCUUUUCAAAGAGCCCAGCGUGGAGACGAAACCCCAGAGGGAGGAAGAGAAGAAGAAGAAGAAGAAAAGCGAGGAGCAGAUCUCCAAGUACAGAGAGCUGCUGAAAGGUAUCCAGGACAAAGAGAAGAAGCUGCAGGAAGACAAAGACAUGGAGAUGGAGAUCACCUGGGUGCCAGGGCUGAAGGAGACGACGGAGCAGCUGGUGAAGAAGAAGUUGGAGGGAAAGGAUAAGCUGACACCGUGGGAGGAGUUCUUGGAGAAGAAGAAAGACAGGAAGAAGCAGAAGAAAUCUCAAAGAAAAGAGGGCGAGAGUGAGGAAAAUCUCAGUGACGACGAGCUUCCUCCAGACAUUGAUCUCAGUGACCCCUUCUUCGCAGAGGAGCUUGCUGCUACAGACAUGAAGAAGAAACAGAAGGGGAAGAAAAAGAAGCAGCAGGAGAAAGAGGAGCGGACAGCUGAGGAGGAAGAGGAGCUGGAGAAACAAAAGGCGGAGAUGGCUCUGCUGAUGGAGGACGACGGCGACGAAGCCAAACACAAACACUUCAACUACGACAAGAUCGUGGAGCAGCAGAACCUGAGCAAAAAGAAGAGGAAGAAGCUGCUGAAGAAGGGCGGGGAGUCACUGGAGGAUGACGACUUCCAGGUGGAUGUCAAGGACCCUCGUUUCCAGGCCAUGUUCACCUCCCACCUGUUCAACCUGGACCCGUCCCACCCCAGCUACAAGAAGACUAAAGCCACGCAGAGCAUCCUGACCGAGAAGCAGCGCAGACGAGAGGAGGAGCAGCGGCAGAUGGAGGACACGCUCAGCACCGCUGGUAAACAGGAAGCGACAGGAAAGAAACAGGAAAAUGACUCUGACCCUCCAUCAGUCGAUUCCGCCUCGAAGAAAUCGAUGGACCCCAGUUUGUCUCUGCUCGUCAAGUCGAUUAAAAGCAAAACAGAGCAGUUUCAGGCUCGGAAGAAACAGAAGUUCAUGUAGGUUUGACUCAGCUUUUCUACAAGAGAACAAAAACUGUCCUGGACUGAGACUCUGAUUCCUUCUAAAAUCACAGAUGUUGACAGAAGCAGUCAACAGUUUCUCUCCUGAAGACACAGGAUCUGGACUGCUGUGUUUCUGUUUCAUGUGUCGGACAGGAAAAAUCCCAAGAGAAGAGAAAACGAGCACAUUUUUAGUAAAAACUGAUCUUGAUGCCUCUGAUCACAUUGAAAUGUUUUAUUUGUACACACAGAAAAUCAUUAUUGUAAAGACAUUCUUCACAGCUCAGUUUUACAAAGCUCUACAGUUAUUUAAAAGUCAUUGCAGUUUCAGAAAACAGUGACAGACUGAACCUUGUGCAAGAACAGAUUUCUUAUGUGGCACAUAUGAGCGAUUAAGACUGUUUGUGGCAUCAUCAGGUUUCUCCUGCUUCAUUUUAAGAUCAGAUCAGAUUUGGUAUCAGCAAAUCUCAGACUGGGGCCAUUCCUGCCUUUCCCUCUUUAUUUCUCGCAGUGCUCUGAUGUCAUAUCAUUGGCAGCAUAUUUUCUAAUCUUUUGAAAAAUAUUUUGAACGACAAAGUAGUGCUGUAAUAUGACUUCCGACUCUGCUAAUUAGUUUUUGUUUGCAGAUCUCUGACUGCAGGACUUCCCACAAACAGCUGCAGAACAGGCAGAUUUAUGAGACAGUUUCUAAGACUAGGAUCAUGUCAGUAAUGAAGCUCAAGUUUGUCCAGUCAGUUUGUUGAACCUGAAUCAUACAACGUUCAGGAUAUGAAUAAGAGAAUGUUCUUGCAUGAGGCUCAUUAUCUACAGAUCAAAUUAAUUUCCAAACAGAAUUACUGUUUGGUCUCAGAUUUGACAGAUCAUGCUGGCUUCAUAACAUCCUCAAACACUUCCAGGAAAUCAAACUCAGGAUCUUUACACAUGAAUUCAUGAUCAAUGCAGCGAAAAAUCAAGGUUUUUUUUUGUCAGCCUCGAGAGAAGAGCUGAGCGUCAGUGACAGCUGACAGCUCGACUGGGUAAACAUUCAUUUUUUUACAUUGAUGACAGUCUAAAGAAAACUCAGUAUGAGCCUAUCACCUGCAGCUCUGUAUUCCUCCCUGCGCAGAAUAUGUCCAUAUCUCAUUUUGCACACCUGUUUUUACUGAAGACUAGCCCUGCUAACAAAGCUCUGCUAAUUUAAUGACUUCCUGUAGCUGUUUCACAAUAAAAGCCUGUUGCUUUACUGUAUCUGACAGUAUGCUGUGGAAGAAACUAGCCUACAUCGCAUCAGUUAGAAACAGAGCUUCACAGACACUGGAGCCAUCAGUUUAACACCUGACAGGACUUGUUGCAGAUACAGGUUGGACGGUUGAUUAAAGCAGGAUAAAUCUGGUCCUGGAAAAACUGCUGAAGUGGUUUGAUCAGCAGCAUGAAGCAAAGGCACUUAAAAUAUUUGAACUGUAUUAACACCUAAAGCACAGCAGCAAUAGUUCAGUGGGAGAUUAAUGUAAAGAUUGAUUAAAACCUCUCUGGAGCCCUGUUCAGAUCUGUAACACUGCUGGGCUUAUCUGUUAAAUCGAACAGCAUUUGUGCAGUUAUGAGCUGUUAUUAAUGUAGUGAAUACAUUUAGCUUCUGGUGUGGGAGAGCAGGCAGGUUGUACUGCAACAUGCUGUUAAAGGACAAGUUCACGAUAACGCACGAUAUCAGUAUUGCCCAGUAAAGGCUUUAGAAUUAAAUAUCGGUAUCAGCCUGAUAACGCUUUAAUUAUACACGUGGUGAAAGUAUUUCUGGGGGGCGGAGGUUUUUUCAAGCAUCUGAAACAAAGUCGCUAUCUGCAGCGUCAGUCAUGUGACGAGGAGCCAAUUCACAUUCCUUCAACACUACAAAACGAACUGUCCAUCUUAAGAGCCUUGGUCCUGAUCAUUAUG